GUACCCCUCCACAAAGUCGUAUAUAAUUGUUCUCUCUCUAAAAUACAAAUCGCGAAGAGAGUGAGCCCCAAAUCCUCAUCUCUUCAAGAUCCCAUAAUCCAUGCCCGUUAUUGCGGCGACCGGGAGACAUCGCCGAAAAGUUCGCUUCUCAUCGACCAACCAAGCACCUGCGGCUGAAGGAUCCAAACAUAGCUCAUUCGCAAAAAGCUCUCCGUUGGCCGCGCAUCGAGCGCCCCAGUCGAGCCGCACCACCAUGACCGAGUCGUCCCCCGCGCAGCAUCCCGGGGUCCCGGCGCUCUUCACAGAGCUGCCUCGGAUCCGAGACUCCCUCUCCACCGAGACCACCGACCUCCAGCAGGAGACGGUGCAAAAAUGCCUUUCCUUCCUGAAGGCGACCAGGAACCAAAGCGAACAGUACAAUCGGCAUGGCGUUCCGGGACUCCUCCGCGACGAGCACAUCGCCUACUUGUAUGACUCGCUAGAGGACUUUCCCGAUACGUUUGUGUCGCUUGAUGCCAGCCGCCCUUGGAUGACAUACUGGGCCUUGGCCGGUCUGGCUUUGCUCGGGGAAGACACCCGGAGAGUUCGUGAGCGGGCCCUGUCUACGUUUAGACCGAUGCAGAACCCCACCGGUGGAUUCGGUGGCGGCCACGGUCAGAUGUCGCAUUGUGCGUCUAGCUACGCGGUGGUGCUUUCCCUGGCGAUGGUCGGGGGCGAAGAUGCCUUCCGGUUGAUAGAUCGAAAAGCAAUGUGGAGAUGGCUAGGACGGUUGAAGCAGGGCGAUGGGGGCUUCACCAUGUGCGAGGGUGGGGAAGAGGAUGUGCGAGGCGCUUACUGCGCCAUGGUGAUCAUCUCGCUUCUUGACUUGCCACUGGAUUUGCCAGCGGAAUCUGCAGCUCGGCAACACGGACGGGAGACCUUUACCAGUGGGCUCGCAGAGUAUCUUUCUCGGUGCCAGACCUUUGAGGGGGGGAUCUCCGGGAGCCCUGGUUCAGAGGCGCAUGGGGCUUAUGCGUUCUGCGCACUGGCCUGCCUCUGCAUCCUCGGCCAACCCGAAGUCACCGUGUCCAGGUGCAUGGACCUGCCGUUGCUCCUCUCCUGGCUUUCUGCCCGACAGUAUGCCCCGGAGGGAGGCUUUUCCGGACGGACCAAUAAACUUGUGGAUGGGUGUUACAGUCACUGGGUCGGAAGUUGCUGGCCAUUGAUCCAGUCUGCUCUCGAUGGCCCGCUGUCGACUGCAGCGUCGCAGUCUACCUCCGUUGGUCGCCUGUAUAGUCGCGAGGGACUGACUCGAUAUAUCCUUGCUUGUUGCCAGUCCAAGAACGGGGGGCUUCGCGACAAGCCCGGCAAACGUCCCGACUCGUACCACACGUGCUAUACCCUCACAGGCCUGAGCAACACCCAGCAUCACCACUACCGGACCGAGUCAAGCGCCAGCACCAAAGACACACUCCCCUCAUCAUUUCAGUGGAAACAUCGCCCGUUCGUCGCCUCCGACGACAAAGGCCAAGACCGGAACGUCUUUGACGAGAGUGACCGGCUGAGAGCCUCCCACCCGGUAUAUGUGAUUCCCUACGAGGCUGCAGAGGGGAUGCGUCUCUGGUUUGAGCACGAGCCCUUUAAUCCUUGAGAUUCCCCCCUUCCUCACCCUUGCAAGGGCAUGGAUAGAAGAAAGAAAACAGAGGGAAUGAUAGAACAAAGUAAUAUCAGUAAAAAAUGAGGAAAAAUGGUUACGGCCCUACACUCCCGGCAAGUGACACAGAACAGCAUGGAUC